AUGACCUACAGUGUUCUCCUCCUCGUGUACGUGAUCCUGCAGUUCAUCGCGUUCUUUUUCGUGCUGGUGGCCACGCCCAUCGAGAUGUUCCGCGUGAGUGGUCCAGGUGGUAAUCCCAUUUGCAUCACACUGUGGGGCCACAAGGUGUCAUGCACAUCGCUCGGGUACAGUUUUUUUUCUCAAAGUGUAUGGCGUCGCUGUGGCAACCGACUUAAUCGUAUCCGCGCUGCUCAGGGAUGCGCCAUCAUUUCGAUUCUGGUAUACGGCGGGGCGUUCUUCGCCAGUUUUGGAAUCCUGUACGGCUACUCUUUCAUUCGCUGGGUCUGCCUGGCGCUGAACGUGGUUGGCAUGAUCUUCCUGUGCGUUGUGUGGGCGGCCGUGGCGGUGACGUACAACAAGCAAGAGCGUUUCUGCCGCCCUAUUAAAGAUGACGGCACAUAUGGUGCCGGCUUUGUUCUCUUUGUGAUUGCGUGGAUACUGGAUAUCAUCAACACGGUGAUCCUGCUGCUCCCGUGCACGGNCACGGACAGUGACGAUGAUCAGCACAACAAGCGACCAGCAGCGCAAGACUAG